AUGAGGCCACAGUCUCCCGCGUUACCGUCUAGUUCCCAGGAGAGAAAUAGCAGUGACAGGUACAGAGAGUAUUGCAGCAGCGAUGAGGACAGCAACGCGGGCAUUCAUGAUGGUACCACUGCUGAUACUGCUGAUAGUGCCAAUGCUAGUGCCAACGCUAGUGCCAACGCUAGUGCCAAUGCUAGUGCCAAUGCUAGUGCCAACGCUAGUGCCAACGCUAGUGCCAAUGCUAGUGCCAACGCUAGUGCCAAUGCUAGUGCCAACGCUAGUGCCAAUGCUAGCGCCAAUGCUAGUGCCAACGCUAGUGCCAACGCUAGUGCCAAUGCUAGUGCCAACGCUAGUGCCAAUGCUAGUGCCAACGAGGACGCCAAUACAGGCGGCAAUGCUGAGAGUAAUAGAAUCCAUCCAGUCACUGACAUUAUUAAAGAGCCAUAUAAGCGGAAAGGGAGUCAAAUGGUUUUCUAG